AUUCAAACUGUUUUGAUGAAUUUUUCAUAUGUUCCUGAUAACAUUCUGCAAUUAAUAAUAGGAUGUAUAUUUGAAAAUGUCUCGGUCCAUAGUACCUACCAUUUCACUGCGUCGAUUUUUUUCAUACCCUGCAUAUCGCAAUAGAGAUAAUUUUGAUGCGAACGUGAUGGUGUAAGGCUGCCUGCAAAAAAAGUGUGCGAAUUCAUGGUGGUGGUGUGGAUUUGAAAUUGAAAAGGUAUGGAGAUGCGCGAAUUAGUGUGGAUUAUAGGUAAUAUCUGCCGUCAGUAAGUACAUAAAUGCGAAAAUGAUAUAUCGAG